AUGUCUGUGUCGUCACGAAGAAAGGCCCUCAAGGAGUUCUACAGAUUGCAGGAGCAAGGACAGCAGCAGCUGGAGAGCGCGCAGCUGGGCCAUGAGGAGACGGCCGAAAAGCCAGAGCUCACGCUGGAGAACGUGGACGAGUUCAUCAGAAACAGCGACUUCAAGAAGCUGCUCGAGACAGAAAAUGAUAUCACCGAGGAGCUGAACUCGAACCAGGCCGAGAUCAAGUCGAUCAUCUACAACAAUUACUACGAGCUAAUCAAGAUCAGCGACGUGCUCAUGGAGCUCAAGUCCUGGAACAACGAAGACGACGGCGUGGCGGAAAACCUGCACAAGAUCCGCGGCAAAAUCCAAUCGCUGAGGGCCCAGGACUUGCGGCUGCUGGCCGAGCCUGUCGAGGUGAAGGGAGAGAAAAUAAGCAAGAGCAUCAACAAACUGUUGCUGGACAGCAAGAUCGACAAGAAGACGGCGGACGCCAUUGACGACUCGCUGCCGGAGCUGAGCGGCGAGAGCCUGCUGCUGCAGAUGAACGAGCUGAAGAACAAGUAG